AUGGUUAAGGAAGAACUGGGAUAUACUCCGGCUGAACUCAUCUAUGGCACAGCACUCACCUUACCUGGGCAGAUGAUCGAACCUGUUUUAUCACAAGACUUUCCUGACCCACAACAAUAUGUGCACCGAUUACGGACAUCCAUGUCGCAGUUAUCACCUUCAGGCCCCAGAAAACAGAACGUCGUUUCACGAGUCCCAAAAGACAUCAACACCUGGACUCAUGUUUUCGUGAGGAAUGAUGGGAUACCAUCUCAACUUCGCCCACCAUAUUCCGGGCCCUACAAGGUCACCAAAAGAGAACUCAAGUAUUUCGUCCUCAAUAUUGGAGAUAAACGAAAUACGGUCUCGAUUGAUCGUUUAAAAAAAGCCUUCAUCGAGGAGGACUUACAUUCAGUUCCCUCCUUUCCUCGAACAGACUCAACAACUCCAGCAAACACCACAGAUUCUGCACAACCCCGACACACCAAAUCGGGAAGAACAGUUUGA